AUGUCCGCUCCUCUUUCCCACGCCAAGAUUGUCCUCCGUCGCUCCAGUGAGCGCGGAUAUGCAGAGCACGGCGGUUGGCUCAAGACAUUCCACACCUUCAGUUUCGCCAACUACUAUGACCACCGCUUCCAAAAUUUCGGAAGUCUGCGCGUUUUGAACGAGGAUCGCGUCGCAGCGCGUAAUGGAUUCGGCACACAUCCUCACCGCGAUGCGGAAAUCUUCAGCUACAUCCUGAACGGCGAGUUGACGCAUCGCGAUAGUAUGAUCAAAAAGGGCGCAGAGGGCUCGCAGGGAAAGCAAUUCUAUCGUAUGAAGCGAGGAGAUGUGCAAUUCACGACCGGCGGUACUGGUAUCGCUCACUCCGAACAGAAUGAGUCAACCAAGCCCGUCCAUUUCCUGCAGAUCUGGGCUUUGCCAUGGAAAUACGGCCUCAAGCCCCAAUAUCACACCAUGACAUUCAGCGAGGAAGAUAAGCGCAAGGCGUUCGUACCCAUCCUCUCGCCACUCGCGGCUGGUCCCGAGGCCAAGCCCGCAGAUGAAGAAGCGGCUAUCCCGAAGAUCGCGGGCACGAUCCCCAUCCAUGCCGACUUUGUCAUGGGCGCUGGUAUCAUUGCGCCGGAGACCUCCUUCACGUGGACUGUGGGCGCGGGCGAUGCAGUCAGCUCCAAGAAGAAGCGCAAUGUCUACAUCCAUUUGCCUAUGACGAAUCAGGGCAAAAUGAUUGUCAAGUUGAAUGGGAGUGAUAAUGCUAUUCUCCAUGAGGGAGAUGGUGCUUUUAUCACCCAGGUUAAUGCAGGAGAUGCGCUCCGGGUGGAGAGUGUUGGUGAGGUUGAGGCGGAGGUGAUUGUUUUGGAUAGCGACUAA